ACAGUGAAAAUCUUCAAAAACAGUAUAAUUAUACUGUAAAUUUUGGCCAAAAACUUAUAGAAUUCCGGAGUACUAUGUCUGUCGUGGAAAAGGAACUGGUUCCGGUUCAGUCUACUGAAUCGGAAGCUGCAAAAGAAGGUUUGGAAGAAACCAAAUCUUCAAACUCAACAUCUCAAGAAUCUUCAUCAAUUAAUGCUGAGGAGCCUGUUCAAAUGAGCAAAUCUGCUUUGAAACGUCUUCGUCGUCAGCAAGAAUGGGAAGCCGGUCGUGAAGAGCGUGCUCGGUUACGUCGUGAAAAAAAGAAAGCUCGUAAAGAGGAGAGAAAGCGUAAAAAGGAAGCUGGUGAAGAAGUUCCCAGUCAGAAGAAAAAACUGCGUCCCGGAAAGGUUGUUCCAAGUAACAUGAGAGUGGUGCUUGAUUGUGCUUUUGAUGACCUCAUGAACUAUAAGGAAAUAAAUUCCCUGUGUCAACAAGUAACGCGCUGUUAUUCAGCAAACAGAACUGCCAUUCGGCCCGUACAUCUGUACGCUACCAGCUUUGGUGGGCGUUUGAAAGAACGCCAAGAGUUCGUGCUGAAAGGACAGCAAAACAACUGGAAACGGAUGAAGUCGGUGGAAGAGGACUAUAUGGAAGUCUUUAAAGAGGAAAAAGAUAAGCUUGUGUACUUGUCUGCUGACUCAGAAAACGAUAUCACAGAGUUGGAUGAGGACAAAAUUUAUAUUAUUGGUGCCAUUGUUGACAAGAAUCGCUAUAAGAAUCUUUGCAAUGAUAAAGCUGAAAAGCAAGGAAUCAAAACUGCACGUCUUCCCAUCGGACAGUAUAUUCAGAUGUCAGACAGAAAGAUUUUAACUGUUAAUCAAGUCUUUGAAAUUCUUUCGCUUUGGCUCGAAUAUCGAGACUGGGAACGUGCAUUUUUGGAAAUUAUUCCCAAACGGAAGGGACUUCAACCGAAAAGUCAUAGUACUACAGCAAGUGAGCUUGAUGGGGACGAAGUUGACCGUGUGACUGACUUGGAUGACGAAAAAAAAUCUGCUGAGCAUGUUGAAACAACUCUCAAUGAAGAUUCAGAAGAGUCAAAAGUAGACAAUAUCACAUCGACUAAAGCUGAUACCGACAAGCAGUAAGCAUCAUGUUAUGCUACUCGCACUCAUUAACAUCAUUAAAAUUCCAUUACUUUUUUAUUUAACAUUUUUGGCACAAUUUGUGAUUAGCAGUAUGGAUAUUGUAACUUGAAUAUACCCUUUUAGAAUGUCAUGUCUCCCUGUUUGCGCUUUUUCCGUGAGGUCUCUGCUAGUAACUGAUUACAGAACCCCCGAAAAUGUGAAAUAUAAGAGUUAAGACUGGUUUUUUCCACAUCGCCUUUCUCGUCAAGCUCCUGCAACAAUGUUUGCAAAACAGGAACCUCUAAUGGGUUGAAGCUACCUGCGUCCUCCAUGCGGAUGGGAACGCAAAUUCGACCUGUUCCUGGAUGCACACAGAAGGGGGAUUUAAGCAAGUGAUUUAGAUGCUUAGACACUUCAACAUCAAGUCGCGGAUACAUAUAACUGAGUACUAUGUCUUGUUUCGCGUUCUUAAGUGUCACCGGAUCAAGUGUUUUUGAAACACCGGCCGAUGCCACUGAAUCGAUAUCUGCCCAUUUGCUGAUACUUGGCCGUUCAAGAUCAACAGACCAUUUUUUUCGUAAUGCCGCAACAAGACCUUUGUCUGGCAGCGCCUUCAACAGUCGUUCAGCACCUUCUUCUGAACGCCACGGAUCUUGUUCCCGAAGAAUAGUCUGAGCAAAACUCUCGCUCAAAAGUUCUAAUGAUCGUGAAAUGAAAGGAUGUAAGGGUCGUUUGAGCCCAUUCACACGAACUCCUCCUUGAACAUCUCCUACCACUACUUGUAGGUAUCCAGCAAUCAUUCUUCGUCCACGGUCAUCAAGCUGUCGUGCUUUCUCAUCACAAAUCCAAGCAUGAAUGCCUCGACGACCUGAGUAUACCCACAGAAUGUGUUCAAAACCAAAGUCUUCUCUGAACGUUGUAUCAAGAACCUUCAUUGCGACCGUCAUAAAUAGCCAACACUUUGGACAGACAUUUGCUUUGCUACAGCAAGUACGGACAUCAUCGUAGUCAGUCAUAUCAAUAUCAAAUACCAACUCCUUCUCAAGAGGUUUAAAAGAUGCUUUUUUUAAUGUCUUGCGAUCGCGGGGAUUUGCACUGUAAACUGG